AUGAGUAAUAAUAUUGACGAUGAACCAGACGAGUGGGAUCAGAGAAUCAUGAACACUGGCUGUUACGAAGAAAACUUGGCCUUACAACUUUGCCAUGCCGAUAAAGGCGAUUGGCGUAAGUGCCUUGGGGAGAUGGAAGCGUUCAGGAAAUGCUGGGAACUGAACAAGAACAACGACCGUACCAAGACAGUUGAUAUCAAACGAGAGGAGAGAGAAUUACCGUCAGCUCAAGAUAUAGAUGAUGAAAUCUCGAGACUCAAGUCAGCGAGUACCAGCAGGUUCAAGGAGAAAUGGGAGCAGAUCCUCGAGAAGUACGCGGCCAUAGAUGAUAAUUUGGAGUCAGAUGAGAUUGAUUUGGAAACAGGAAAGAUCACGAUUGAUAAUGGCCAUCUACGAUCCAUGGUUCCAAAUGAAAUUGUCGUUGGUGGGGUCAAAGUCAAUGGUGAUAUAUGGGCAGAGGAUGAUUCCUAUGAUAAGGCCUACAACGAUCAAAGACGCGUGAAGGCUCACCAAGAGAAGCUUAGGCAAAGGUUCGAGGGCCAUAUUCGUCGUCAUAGGGAAGGAUCUCCUCUGACCAAAGAUGCUAUUCCUGACGAUAACCUACAUCUUGCAUUUUCCAGUCCUUCCAAACGAAGUUAUAGCAGACUACUGUCUGAACAACCCAGCUCAUUGGCUCUAUCCCAAUCUGAAGAUUCAGAUUUUUCAGAUACAAAUCCUUCACCAUUUCGAGUAUCUCAAGCUGGCUCGCUACCUUCAAGUCCAUUAAAAAGAAGCACUUCCAUAUCACCCACAAAAAGGCAUCAAAGAACGCCGCAUUGGUUCAAUUGUGCCUUUGAAUACUGUCCCUUUAUGACUGAAGAAAAGCUAGUUUACGAAGAUCACUUGUUGUCCGACCAUUGUAACGAGCUCUCGUUUAUUGGUUAUCCCGUCAAGGGAGACGAGUCUAAAGUCAAAAGAGUUAUAACCGAGCUCUGUACGAGGAAACUUGCUCUACAUUUCCCGUUAAACAUAGAUUCUGCUGAACAAAACUCUUCAAGAAUAGGGUACGGCAGAAUAUGUCCGAUUCUAGGGUGUGAAUUUCAAGCUACGAAGGCAUUCUCGUUGGGCGAACACGGAAAAGAUCUUCACUACAAACGAAUUGCUAGGACGGGAAUUCCUUUCCUUAAAUCUGGUGAAGCUAAUGCUACCAUUUCGAAAUCCAGUCCAGAGAAAGAGCAGCGCCUAGAUUUGAAGACUACAGCACAAAAUGUUCAAGACGAUGAAGAAGAGGAAGAGGAAGAUGCACCUAAUGACUCGCAGGCGAGUUUCACAAUGUACCCAAAAGCCCCAGAGGCGCCUCCGUUCAAGAUUUUGGAAGACGGGCCUGAGGUUGACGAGAAAAAUGUAGAGAAGAAGGAUGGAUAUGAUUCUAUCGAUGAGUUCUUCAACGACUAG